UUGGGUUUUGGAUUUUGGCGUGGGGGAUCCGUACGCUUCUUUGGUUUUAUUUUCGAUCAGAGUCCCGCAAGAUUUUGCAGCGGAGGACAUAGAUUUAGUUUGGCCUCAAUCUCUUCUCCUCUCCCGAUCUCCUCGUCCACGCUCUUCAACAUAAAUUUUACCACUGAUCAUUCCGCUGUAUGCUGAAUUUGUUUAAUUUUUUUUUUUGUGCUGGAAGGCAUGAUACCCCCCCAAGUUUGAACAUAUGCUCAUCAAGUUCCGCGUGAUUUUAUGAUGCAUUCUCAAUGAUUUUUGAGUUAGCUAGCUUUAAUAUUUUGACGAUCAUGAGCUCACUGGUUUUCCCCCUCUUGAUUACUUUAAGGGGAAGAAAAAGAGUGAAGAGAAUCUAGUCGUGGGUUUAUACUGGAUUUUGUUGUGGUCGUGUCCUACUGUUUACUUGGUCGACCCAUAUAUAUGUAUAUAUAUAAAGAAAAAGAAGGAAAGAGAGAGAAAUGGGCUUCUUUGUUUCUGGCAACCAUAUUAAUUAACUCUCUGCCUCUCUCUUCCCAGUUCGGAUCGAUCGACUUUGUCGCUAGACUCUGAUCUAUUUUGUCGUCCCCCCCCACCCUAGCAUAGGCCACUCAUCGAUCUUGAUGUGAGAUUUCAUGUUCACCUGGAAGAUUUCAUCGUCUCUAUAUAUUGGAUCCCCUCGCUUGAAAUCUACGGCAUCGGUCGUAUUAUUUGUGGAGCACUUCAAUUAUUGGAGCAUGUAUGUUGUGUUCGUUACUAGACGGGGGGUUUUGGGAGUUGGGUUGCUUCUCAAUUUUAAGUGUGCCGACGGUGGGUUUCUCCACAUAAAAUAACGCUCUGCAGAGUUUGAUCUUCGAUCAUCAAUCCCUGGAGCUAGGCCGGCGCGCUAGCUGAGCUGAUGGAUGAAGGGAACUGAAGAUCCCUUAUAGGGGUGUUUGAUUUUGCCUGCGGCAUCGUACGUGUUGUUCGAUCCUGCUGUCGCGGGGUAGGGAGGGGGUUGUGGUAAUUUGUGCUCAAGAAAGAUAAUAAGAGAGAGAUUGACAGAGAUUACUAUUUCAAUUUUGUUAUAUAUGCUGAAGGCUAAGUUUGAACAUAAUAAAAGUAGACCUCCAGCUUGUGACUGUUGCAGUAGAGACAGCACAAGAAGAGAGAAGCUGCUGCAGGUGCUUUACUUCAGAUGUUAUCCAUUGAAAACCCUCCACCAGAUCUCUCAUAUCCUUGCGAAAGAGCACAGGUGAAGAGUAGUGGUGGUGAUGAGAGGGUUUCUUCUGAUCAUAAACUUGCCGCCUUGCAGCAAGAGGUAGAUCUGUUCAAGUUAUCCGGUGGCGUUGAUGCCUGCGGCACCCCGCUUCCUAAAUUCUCCAUAAGGGAUUAUGUAUGUAGUUCCCGGAGCAAGGAUAUCAAGACUAAUUGGCCCUUUUCUCAGAGAAACCUGCAACUUUGCUUGAAGCAUGGCGUCAAAGAUCUGUUGCCACCUUUUCAGCCUCUUGACUCAGUAAGGAACCAAGUCUUCAAUAAAAGAUGUGCCCUCCCGACUAGCUUUUUACUUGAGAAGGAAAAGGAAAUUAAUGUCAACAGUUUGGCGGAUGGUCAUAGGAAGCCUUCGGGGCUGAGCACCCAUCCUGGGGUGUCCACCAGCACUACAAAUGAUGAUGCUUCUCUAUGGAACCCCAAGCUAGACUUCACUUCUUGCAGAUCUGGCAGAGACAAAGAUCUUACCACCACAGCCACCAUUAAUCAAUCUCAAUCUGAAGCAGUAGUAGAGUCUGUACCCACAAAGGGGUUAUCAUCUAGCCCAAUAGCAGAAGCGGCCACUUCAUUGGAAGCCUCUGUUGUUGAACGUGCAGCUGCUGGUCCUCCUCCUGCAUCCCAAAAGACUGCAAGUGUGAACCAACACUCGGGCAAGAAGUGCAGAUUGAUAGUGAAGUUUGGUAAUCCCUCUGAUCCCAACCCAACAGAGGAUAUCAUAUCGAAUUGUACUGCCUUAUCUGAGCCAAUGACUUCAAAAAUUUGCCCUGUUUGCAAGACAUUCUCGUCGUCUUCUAACACCACAUUGAAUGCUCACAUAGAUCAGUGCCUCUCUGUCGAAUCAACUUCCAAGUGGGCGGCAGACUCUAGACUAACUAAACAUAGAAUAAAGCCGAGGAAGACGAGAUUGAUGGUUGAUAUCUGUGCAACAGCUCCUUGUUGCACACUAGAAGAGCUUGAUAGACGAAAUGGGUCAAGCUGGGCUGUGGAUUUGAAGAAGCCUACUCAGGAUCCUGGGGUGUGUCAUGAGGGGCAAAGGCCAAGAGUGUCACCCAUUUAUCCUGAGGACAAUGGCGACGAAGGCGCAGUAUACAUUGAUGCCACUGGCACAAAACUUCGAAUUUUGUCAAAAUUCAAUGAUGUGCCAUCAGGGUUGCAAGUUGGAAAGAAUCCUAGACCAGGGAAAGCUUUGAGAAAGGGUAAAGGAAGCAAAUUUCUUUCAGUCAACAAGAGAAGGUAUGACUUGCCAAAACAUCACAAGUACCUGAAACUAGCUCCUCACAGCAAAAAAUUUGGCUCUUCCAAGGCCUUUAAAUUUGAGAUUUGUACUGGUCAGGAGGGGAAUUCUGAAGCGAAAGAAACUCGACAAAAGAAGCAACAUCUCUCGCAACUUUUCAAAGCUCAAGAGCAGUUAAAAAACAGUGAUUCCGGAACUCUAAGACAAGGGGUAUGCUCUAAACGAAGUGGCCUCUCAAAGAAGUUCAACAAUAAAGAUAUACAUCAGUUAUCAGGAUAUAAGUUACACAUGACAAGGGACUUGUUGGAUGAUAGUGAUCAUCAUUGUCAUAGUGAUUCUCACAGAAAGAGAAGUUGUCUUCGGAAAUCUCCAAACUCCUCUCAGAAUCCAAUUUCUUCUCCUGAAAACAGUGGGAGGGUGGAGAAUUCAAAAUAUGAGGCACGAGUCAAUGGCAGGGAGUGUUCACCUACUAGCCAGAGAGGAGGAAUUCCCUUGUUUGGAGCCCGAGUGAGGUCUUUGGAAGCACUGAAGGAAAAUAUUUACCAGUCUAGCAAAGACAGCAGUGACAGCACAUCCAUGCAUGGUAGCUGUAUGCUUAAUCUUCCGAAAUUUCCAAAAGAUAAUGUUUCUAAAUUGAAUGAUAAAACAGUUAAGAUUGCUGGUCAAGUUAGAAACUCUGGUAGUUCCUCCCAUGUUUGCACCAAACCAUAUUGGUGUUGCCAUGAAUUCUCAUCAGAGUCCAUGAGAUUAUCUGGUUUGAGGGAGGACACUAUUUCAGUUGGCAAAUCAUCUGUGCCUGUGCACAAAUCUAACACAAGUGAAAAAUAUUCAACCCAUAAGAAGCCCCGGGUGCAUUUUACAACAGAAAUAGAUGGAGAGUUGGAGGCAGAACCUUCUAAAGGGGAUCAACAAUAUGAUUUGAUGUGCAAUAAUGAUGAAAAUGAAUCUCAUGAGGAAGUCACUGAGACUUUAUCUCUUGCUGGAUGCAGUGUAGUGUAUACGAGACCAGAUAUAGGAUCACCAAUUAUUUCUCGAUGGGAGGAAGCCAUGGUGAUGAGGAGUUCCCCAUUAGCAUCCCAGUUUUAUGAUCAUGACAUGAGAGAAAAGAUAGUCUCUUCUGCUAUGACCAGUGAUGGUUCUGCUGGAAAAGUUGAUAGUCCAGAAUCUUCUUCAAAAGAGGCUCAAUUCUUUGGGAAAGAAGCUAGCAUUGACCCUCCCUCUUCGAUAGCUGUUGGGGGAAACAUGAUGAGUUUGAGCAAAUCCUUAGAUCCUGAAUAUCCCAAGCUGGUCUGUCCUUUUGAUACUGAACUCAUUUCACUGCAAUCUAUGGAGAAAAAGUGUAAAGAGCCUUUAUGCACUGCUGAAGCACCAAGGGGUCUAGCUGAGCCAAGUUUGGGUCAUGGGUGUAACUUGUUUUGUGCAGGUGAAGUUGGCGAUGGUAUUGUUGGGCAAAACACUCAUAUGAGGGCAGAAUUGGAUCCUCAAGCUAUGCAAGGGAACUUCUCCGAGGUUGAGCCUAUACCAAUUCCUGGACCACCAGGAUCAUAUUUGCCGAGUCCUCGAGAUAUGAGCUCGGAAGAUUUUCAAGGGAACUCAUCAUUGACCACAAGCCGUGUUCAUUCGUCUCAAGAUAAGCAUGAACUGGUUGAUGUAGAUUCAUCUGAUUCUCCUAUUUCUGCAACAUCAACCCUUUCUAAUUCCACUUUAGCAAGAUCCAGUAUUAAUUUUUCAGAGCAGUUACUUUCUGCAGGGCCGCCGGCAAUUCAAGAUAGGAUUAGUUCAGGGUUCCUGGACGUUGGCAUUGAGCCUACUGUAGUUAAUGAAUCUUUCUUUCCACAAACAGUUAGCCAGGGAAUGAAAAGAACCUUUUCAGAUGGAGAGAAUUUGAAAGACAAUGUAAUAAUUCCUGAAAAGGGACCACUUGGUUUCACUGACGAUGGUCAUCCAUGCUGUUGUACACGGAAGGAGAAAAUCUCUCAAAGCAUCGCUUUGAAUUAUCAAGAUUCACAACUACUAAGGCGACGAGCAAUGGCUAUGGGAAAACAAGUGGGGUGGAAUCCAAAUGCAAGGACAAAUAAUCCCAUUGCUGGGCUUGAAAUGGUUUCUCAGAGCAGUUGCACGAGUUCUGGAUCAGAGAAGGUUCCUGUCACGAGAUCACCUGCAGGACCUGCUACCACGAAAAUUUCUUCUGAUGCGGCAGUAAGGUUCUCUAGUCAUGGUGAUUGUGACUCGGCUAGCCCAUCUGCUUCUAGUCCCAUACUCAGGUUGAUGGGGAAGAAUUUAAUGGUGGCCAACAAAGAUGAUGAUGCAUCCACACGACCCAGGCAGGCUGAACCAGUUGUCUCAAAUAACAGUCCAAGUCUACAGUUCCCGACAAUCUCUGGAGUCUCUUCUGGCAGUAAUCAAACCCUGGACUACCAUUCCUUUCAUUGCAUAGUGAGUCAGCUGGGUAGUGUUAUCUUUGGCCAAGAUCCACAAAACCCAAGGGGAGACACGGUUGAUGCAAAGUUGUCAAAAGACUUGAGAAGCCAGCUAAAUUCUAAGACGUUAGACACACCAACAAGAGCAGCAGCAGGCAUUUUUCUGAACAAGAUUAAUACCGAGGCGAGUUACUCAGCAUCUUUCGAGCGCCACAGAUUCAAAGGUGAAUGCAAUUUGUUGACUCAACAUGAUCGACCCAAGAAUGGAUGGGAUGCAGCUGCAGCAUGUGAUAUAGAGAAAGUUAUAGCUAGUCCAGUAGACUCAAAAUUCAGGAAAACAAAUUCUACUGUGGUUUCUAAUAAAGAGAUUAUCGUCAUUGAUGAUGUUCCUGAGAGUGAAGCUGGUUUGAUGGCUGAUGAUGCAAAGCACACCAAAAGCUUGAGGGGAAGCCAGCCAACUUUAGGUGGCAUUUCAUCAUCUGCUAUCCCUGGUUAUAAAUCAAGGCAUGUCGUCUUGGACUCUUUGCCCCGUUGUGAUCAUCAGUACUCCCAGGACCCUUCCACCCUGAGUGAGCACAGUACGGCUGGGAGGGGAAGGACUAGUACCCGUCCUCUUAGCUGGGGUUAUACUUCAGAAGCGUCUGGUGCGCAGCAGCAGCGGAAGCCUUUUGUGGUUCCUUCAGCAGCACGUCGUCCUCCAAGAUCUGCAUUGUAUUAUUCUCCUAGUCAACAGGCUUAUCUUGGGUAGCCAUUUUUCAAAUGGUGUUGUGCACGUGUUACCAGGUUUUACAUCAAUUGAUCUGCAUGCUAACUUGUGUUAAAACAUCAAGACGGGAACUUUUGGGAUUUUAUACUAUGGAGUUAUUUUUUUUUUUUUGGGGAAAAAGUUGAAAUUAAAAUAAUGCAUGGCAGUUUGAUCAGGACAUGCUAAGUAAGAAUUUAGAUGAUGAUGAUGAUGAUUUCUUGGCUCCA